AUGACCACUCCUGUGAGCAUUGGUUCUUUGCGGUCGCAGUUGCAGUCACUGGCGAGUGUUGAAAUCUCAACCAAUGAACUUUUGCUAAAGUUGAUCGAACAACACAGGGCGUCUGACGCCAAAUUCUCCGCUUUUAUCGAGGAACAGCAACGUACUAAUCAGGAGCUUAAUGCUAAGCUUAAUCAACUGAAUGUUAUAGCUGGUAAUGUGGAGAAAAAUAGUCAGCGUAUCUCUUCGUUGGAGCAGAGCUGUGCUACUCUUGUGCGUGACGUAAGUGACUUAAAAAGUCAUCAGGAAUCGUCUGGAUUAGCCCCGCAUAGUCAAACUGACAAUGUGCUUAUCAUAUCUGGUGUGCCAUCUACGAUGUCUAUUACCCCCUUGGCUCUUGUUCGCAAUGUGUUCACGAAGCUUGAUAUCCCUGAACUGUCGUGCCAUAUUUUGGAGGUUAGGGCCGUUGCUCGUGAAUCAGGUCGCGUAGUGUCUCAUGAUCAUCCCUUGCCGGUCUCUGCCUCCGUUUCACUCUUUGUUACCUUGGCCUCUGUUGCUGUUUGUGAUAUCGUUAUAUCAAAGAAGCGUGUGCGUCGUGUACUGGUGCAGAGUGAGGUUUGCGAGAAUGAUUCCGGCGAAAAUAUUUACGUGAAUGAGCUGCUUCCCAAAAACAUUUAUGAACUGCUAAAGCAAACCAAGCAUACUGCCAAGACGAGAUCGUAUCGAUAUGUCUGGAUCAGUGGGGGUCGUGUAAAUGUCAGGCGAUCGGAUGGCGAACCUGUGAUUCGGGUGGACUCGGUGGCUGACCUCGAUAGGUUGACAUGA